AUACAUUGCAUAUCUACGGACAUGACAGAACCACUUAGUUGUGUAUAUAUAUGGGCAAUUAUCAUUUUAUUGAGUUUUUUAAUACCAUUGUAAAUAUUCCAUGGUGCAGGUGCGAUGUUGUGUUUCUUUAGGAUGUCUCAAACACAGAUCGAUUUUGGGUGUAUUUUCAACUCCAUAAAAAAAACAGCAGCAGUCUGGGCCUCUCCUUGCCCGAUACAGAUAGUAUUAAUUAGCGGGACUCUUGUCUCGUCCUCGUUCGGAUGAGCACACCGCCGUCUGUCUGCAAUCCUGGGAAAGUUCCAGCGCAGCGGAUGGAUCCCGCACGAAGGCGCUGAGGCUCCAGCCUGACUGACGCCGGGGCUGUGCUGUUCCUCCGGCUCCUUUGCAAACACACACGCUCCACACCUCCACAGCGCGAGCCGCAGAGGGAUACCCUCAACUUACAACAGAAGCGUGUCUUCGGGGUCCUCCUGACAAAGAUGACAGAAACUCUAUCUGGACAUCUGGCUGCGUAACAAGAAGAAGAAGAAGAAGAAGAAGAAGAAGAAGAAAAAAAAGAGAAAAAAACAUUCCCCUGUACCGCAGCUUCUCGAGUUCCUGCUCCCAGCACCAGACACCGGAGUGACAGACCCGGCGGUGAAGAGGCUGCUGGGCUGGAAGCAGGGCGACGAGGAGGAGAAGUGGGCCGAGAAGGCGGUGGACUCGCUGGUGAAGAAGCUGAAGAAGAAGAAGGGCGCCAUGGAGGACCUGGAGAAGGCCCUGAGCAGCCCCGGCCAGCCCAGCAAGUGCGUCACCAUCCCGCGCUCGCUGGACGGCCGGCUCCAGGUGUCGCACCGCAAGGGCCUGCCGCACGUCAUCUACUGCCGCGUGUGGCGCUGGCCCGACCUGCAGUCCCACCACGAGCUCAAGGCCCUGGAGUGCUGCGAGUUCCCCUUCGGCUCCAAGCAGAAGGACAUCUGCAUCAACCCCUACCACUACCGCCGCGUCGAGACCCCAGUGCUGCCCCCUGUGUUGGUUCCGCGCCACAGCGAGUUCAACCCCCAGCACAGCCUCCUGGCCAAGUUCCGCAACGCCUCGCUGCACAACGAGCCCCUGAUGCCCCAGAACGCCACGUACCCCGACUCCUUCCCCCCGCUGCCCUGCAACGUCUUCUCUUCCUCCCCCGCUGGCUCCUACGUCCAAUCGCCGAGCACUGUCAGCUACCCAAACUCCCCCAGCAGCGCCACCGACCCCGGGAGCCCCUACCAGAUGACCGCCGAGACUCCGCCCCCUCCGUACAGCAUGACGGAGACCGCCGCCACCGAGGACAUCAAGCCGGGUGACUCCGCCGCCAAGCUCAUCUUCUCCGCCCCCCACAGAGCGGACCUGCGCCCGGUGUGCUACGAGGAGCCGGAGUACUGGUGCUCGGUGGCGUACUACGAGCUGAACAACCGCGUGGGUGAGACCUUCCACGCCUCGUCGCGCAGCGUCCUGGUGGACGGCUUCACCGACCCCUCCAACAACAAGAACCGCUUCUGCCUGGGCCUGCUGUCCAACGUCAACCGCAACUCCACCAUCGAGCACACGCGCCGGCACAUCGGCAAAGGUGCGUCCCCGAGGGAGAGAUUCGGGUUCCUUUUCGAUUUCAUUUAUUUUUUUUUUUUUUUUUUUUCUGGUUCGGUUCUGUUCUGGUCCAUAGCGUCCUGCUCUGUCCUGCAGUGGUCCGUUCGGUCUCUUGUCCGUAGUCAUAGCAGUGAUCCUGACCUGUGAGGAGCACAUUACUUGUGCAAAAACGUGAGCUAAACCGACACUGAGCACAUGCAGCAAUAGUUGCCAGGGAGUUUAGUGUGCAGAGAAAAUAAUAAUAAUGUAAGGUGGCCUGAUACUGAGAGCCAGCUCUGUGGGGAAUUUUAGUGGGAAUUUUAGAGGGAUCCUGGAAUAUUUCUGUGGGCGUGCCUCUGCUCUCUGUCAUCACUCCAUUAAGCAGAGUGUAAAACUCCCUCAGUCCUCCUUACAGUGUCAGUUCCCAGCUGGCACGUCCCCUCCGGGAGCAGUUACAGCAUCACAAUGGGUUUCCCCGACGACGGCGGUGAUUGACAUUCCCAGGGGCCCGUGGGAGUUGGCCGUGUUUACUUUUCUUCCUGGGGGGGGGGGGCCUCUGUAGAACAAAGACUGCGAUACUGAAAUAAGCCAGACUGGCCUGUUUCACAAGCAUCUCUACAGCUACGGGCCCCACUUGGCAUGUGAUAAAAACACCCAGACAAAGGGGUAAAAAGGGCUUUUGGUAAAUAAAAAAUCUGCAGUGCGUGAGCAAAUACAUUUUGGUAAAGAAGUGUUGAAAUAACACGGCCUGUUUUGGAUGGUAGGACUGAAAUUUUGGGGGGAGGAAAAGCCUUUAUGGUCGUUUCGGGUCGAUUGUUAUUCAGACACGG